AUGGCAAUACUCCUCUUAACAGUAGUUAUUAACUUGUUUGCUUGUUUUGACGAUACGGAGGGAAUUGAUUUAUCACAUCAGGAUCUACCUGAAUUUAUUGGUUUGAUAAGCCGUGGCAUUGAAACCAUUCCAAGUCCAUUAGCUUUCGGACACAAAUACAUGACAGGUGGAGCUGGUGAAGGUUCACAACUUCUGCGACCUGAUUCGGAUUUUGAAGAGCGAGAAAAGGUUAAAAGCGACAACAUAUUGCCAUCCUAUUGUGAACCACCAAAUCCAUGCCCAUUAGGUUAUACAGCAGCGGAUGGUUGCUUGGAAGAAUUUGAAAAUAGUGCUGAAUUUUCACGAAAUUAUCAAGCCAGACAAACAUGCAUUUGUGAUCAGGAACAUAUGUUCAAUUGUCCAGACAAAAAGAUUGAUGAUGAAUUGAUGGAGGAAAGUUUGCAAAGUAUUCUCAAUGAUCAAGGAUUGCAUAAAACUCUCAUUGCCAAAAAAUUUCAUGAAAAACGAUCACAAGCAAUGGAACCUCGUCGAAAGCGUUCUAUCAAUGACAUAUCCAUUCAACAUUCUCAAAAUCAACAGAAUCCAUACUUCAAAGGUGAAAUUUUAAAAUCGGUGAUUAAAAAAGAUGGUCGAAAUAUAUGGCAAUGA